GCCAAAACCGAUUCUUCCAUUAGAUAUUUUAAACGUUUGUUAAAUAUUGAACAUAGUCUGAAUUCGGUAUAAUAUCACAUUCAUUAUUGCUUCAUCGUACGCAGUUCUUUGUAAAUGCAUCUUCUGUGUAAAAUGUAAUAAACAUGGUGCUCGGUGUCAACGAGAAGGAAGAGGUGCCACAAAGCGCCGAAAAUAAAUACGACAUUACAGAUGUCAUGAAUAGUAUGCAUGCAGAUUAAUAAUGCCAGACCAUACUCCUGCGCUGAAGUCGGAGUGAUCGGUGAUGUAUGCUGUGGGGACGAAGUACUGGGACAUGCUUGUCUGCUGUUUAUGUCAUUUUUGUUAAGUGACGAGUCAUGCCCGGCGAACCACCAGCCACAGCUGGAAGUAAAUCCAGUAGCAAGGCAAAGAGGAUCUCUAUACCUCGUGUGCAAAGCAGUACCGACACAGAACUACAGUCUCAACAGAGUGAGAGCGGUUCGACCCCACUACAACCCACUGCGUUGCACUAUGUCACCUUCCGUUCGGAGUUAGAGGACAGCCCCAUCCCAUCGGCUGUGAGAUGUCGUUUGUAUGAUCUCUUUCAGCAAAUUGAAAAGGAAUUUGAAAUGUUGUAUACGGAAAAUCUUGGGUUGCAAGAGAAGAUCGACAUCCUAAAUGAAAGACUCGAAAGAGAGUGUUAUGGAUCAGGCGAACGCAGUUUACCUCCAGGAGAUCUUACGGAUUAUCCAGAAACAAAAAAUCUGUCUAAGCAAAAAUCAAUGGGUGCAAACUCGGCGCAAAAAAUUAAAACUUCUCACAAAUUAAAAGCACAGACUAGUAAAAUAGUAUCAAGCUUUAAAACUCCAUCUAUGAAUUGCACUAUGCAAAAAGAGUAUGUGGGUCAUCGAGAUGGUGUGUGGGAGGUAUCCGUCGGCAGAUUAGGUCAACCCAUCAUAGCGACUGCUUCUGCUGAUUAUACAGCACGUAUAUGGGCAAUAGAUAAUAAUCGAUGUUUAUUACAAUAUAUCGGUCACAAUGGAUCCGUGAAUUCGGUUCGGUUUCAUCCAAAUAGAGAAUUGGCUUUAUCGGCGAGUGGCGACUGUUCCGCUCACGUGUGGCAGGCAGCUGUUGAUUGGGAUAUGUCGAAAAGAAUAUCGUCAUUAGAAGAACUUCCAGUAGCGAGUUCCGAACGAACUGCUAAUAAUCUAAUCAGUAACAAUGAUGAGCAAGACGAUCCCCCGACUCUGAGAACGCCGAUACGCGAACUUUUGGGUCACACGAACGUUGUAAUGGCUGCAGAUUGGCUCUCUGGUGCUGAACAGUUAGUCACAGCUUCUUGGGACAGAACAGCAAACUUGUAUGACACGGAAACCGGGGAAAUUAUACAUACACUAUGCGGACAUGAUCAAGAAUUAACUCACGUGUCGACUCAUCACACGCAAAAAUUGUGUGUUACGUCCAGUAGAGACAAUACAUUUCGAUUGUGGGAUUUUAGAGAAUCAAUCCACUCGGUUUCGGUAUUUCAAGGUCAUACUGAAACAGUAACAUCUGCAGUCUUUACGAGGGAAGAUAAAAUUGUAUCUGGUUCGGAUGAUAGAAGUGUAAAAGUAUGGGAAUUGCGUAAUAUACGUAGUCCAUUAGCGACAAUACGUGGAGAUAGUGCUGCUAAUAGAUUAUCAGUUUCUAGUACCGGGAUAGUGGCAAUACCACACGACAAUAGACAAAUACGUUUAUUUGAUCUAAGUGGUCAACGUUUGGCAAGGUUACCUAGAACUAGUAGACAGGGACAUCGUAGGAUGGUGUGUUCUGUUGCUUGGUUGGAAGACAGCAGUGUGUGUAAUUUAUUUUCUUGUGGUUUUGAUAGACUAGUAUUAGGUUGGAGUGUUCUUCCCGUUAAAGAUGCUUGAACAUCAAAAACUGAGUGGUUUUAUCGGAUAUUUUAUGUCAUGUUAGUGUGAUAUUGGAAAUAUUUAGGUGCAAUUUAGAUACAUAUGUAACCAUACAGUAAAAAUCCAGCAAUUAAUCCAAUCAAAGAUUCUCCCCUUCCACUCUUGCAGAUAACUGCAAUAAAAAAAAACCGAGAUAUACUGUAUGUAUUAUUAAAUAAUUGAUCAAAGAUAAAUUAUAAAUAGAAUGUAAAUUUCAAAGUUGCAAUAAAAAUUAUGAAUGUCUUA